AUGUAGAAUUAUUGCCCAAGUAAUGCCUACAAAAAGCCAAAGUUCCUCCCCACCUUGUCAUCACUAUUUAGUUUAAAAAUGAUUUAAAACCCAAUUACGAUAACCAAGACAGCCUUAAAAUAAUAAAAUAAAACCCCCCCAAAAAAAACUGACACAAACCAGAUGGAUACCCUUUUAUUCAGAGACAUUAAAAAAUACCAAAGCACAAGAAACAAGUCCCUUAAAACUACUCCCUUGGGAAAUGUAAGAAACAGGAGUUAUUAUCUGUUCUGUUCAACUCCUUUUGUCCAUACAGAUGUUUGCCAAAGAUGAUGAGAGUUAGAGGUCUUGUAAAGUUCCAAACUUUCAAUCUCAUUAUUCCCAUGAAUCCGACUAGUAUAAUCAUCAUUUUGCAACUCAUUUUCUUCAACUUUGAUCAUGUCAAAGCACAAACAGUAGGGCCUGAUUUCGCUGGCCCAGAUAAUACAGAUUUCCAACCAAGUCUAGCUGUUGUCAUAGGUAUUCUUAGUGUCAUGUUUGUGCUAACAUUUUUCCUUCUUGCAUAUGCAAAAUUCUGCCAUAGAAGAGAAUCUGCUGUUCUUCUGAAUCGGAACCAGAACCAGAACCAAAUCGGCACAAGCAAUAGGUUUUCUGGGAUCGACAAGACUGUGGUUGAGUCACUUCCUUUCUUCAGAUUCUCCUCUCUAAAGGGUUCAAAAGAAGGCCUUGAAUGCUCGGUUUGUCUUUCCAAGUUCGAAGAUAUCGAAGUUCUGAGGCUUUUGCCCAAGUGUAAACAUGCUUUUCAUAUUAGUUGUAUUGAUUAUUGGCUCGAGAAGCAUUCAAGUUGCCCUCUUUGCAGGCAAAAAGUUAGCUCUGAGGAUCUAGAACUGAUCACCUAUUCUUCUAGUAUGAGAUUCUUGUGGAACAAUUAUGGUAAUAACAGUACUAACCAAUCAGAGCUCGGAGAAGACUCAAACAUGGAGCUCUUUGUUCAGAGAGAAGAAAGCCGAAGAGGGUCUUCAAGGUUCAGCAUUGGAAGCAGCUUUAGGAAGAUUGAAAAGGGUAUUGAUGAUGGUCAUGAUCACCAUGAUCAGCCUAAGGAAGAGCAAAUGUUGAUCCAAAGUCAUAAUCAGAAACAAGUGUUACACAAGCACAACCACAAGAUUGUCGUUUCGGAUUUCGUGUUCAAAAACAGAUGGAGCAAUGUCAGCUCCUCUGACCUUAUAUUCCUCAACUCUGAGAUGCUAAACGACAUGUCAAGCACGAGGUUCGUCUCUCCCAACGACUCAAACCGAGACCUGUCGCUUACCAUAAAAACAGAGGAAAACGACGAGAUUACGAAGAUUAAGGAGGAGAUGGGAAUGAAAAGGUCGUUUGAGAACAAAGUUGGAACAACAAUCAACAACAAUAAUAUUACUUCUUCAAAGUUAGAUAACAAUAUUAGCUCGAGUUCUGUGAUGAGUUGUGGGGAACAAAGAUCAGUUUCGGAAAUCACUGCUCAUUCCAGAUAUGGAGUUUUGGGUUCCAACAGUAGACUAAGAAGAGAGUCUUCUUUGACUACUGAAAACAAUGUGAAAGAGGAAAGAAUCAGAAGGGCUUGGUUGAACAUUGCCAAAAAGACAGUCCGGUGGUUUGCAAACAGAGAAGAGAGGUCACAGGAGUCACAAAACCAAAACCUACAUCGCUCAAAUGUAUAGAAAUUAAAUAAAAAAAACCCUUAUUUCAUCUUAAGUUUUUUUUUUUUUUUUGAAGAUACGUUCGUGGAAUCAAAUUCUUAUCGUAGAGUUUUAGUCCUUUAUUUAGGGUUUUUUUUAUUUUUAUUUUUAUUUUCCAGUUAUACAGAGUUGAAGAGAUACAGAUACAUAGCUUAUUUUAAUUUUUCAGUUAUCAGUUAUGAAUGUACAUGCUUUACUUUAUUUUUUAAACCUUUUUCUUUUUGGUGGACUGUUAAGAACAUUGGUUUAGUUAAAAGAUGAUUUGUAGAUUAAUUGAUAUGGGAAUAGUUUUUUUUAUUCAUGAAUGCCUUAAUUAUUGCAUUAUUGAGCUUGAGCCACCUAAGCCUAAGGUUACACCAUUCACGAAUGUUUUAAUAAUUUUCUGUGUCCAUUUAAAGCUAU